CCCCAUGCAGGUGUCUGAACGCUUUCCCCAUCUCUUUCCCCACAGUGCGUCUUCGACGAUCUCAGCGGCUCGGUGUCGCUCUCCUGGGUGGGAGACAGCACAGGAGUUAUCCUUGUCCUGACCACUUUCCAGGUGCCCCUGGUGAUCAUGAGCUUCGGACAGUCCAAACUCUACCGGAGCGAGGACUAUGGGAAGACUUUCAAGGACAUCACCGACCUCAUCAAUAACACGUUCAUUCGGACUGAGUUUGGCAUGGCUAUUGGCCCGGAGAACUCGGGAAAGGUCAUUCUGACGGGCGAUGUGUCCGGAGGGAGCCGCGGCGGCAGGAUUUUCCGCUCGUCCGACUUUGCCAAGAACUUUGUGCAGACAGACCUGCCCUUCCACCCCUUGGUGCAGAUCCUGUACCACCCUCAAAACUCAGACUACCUGCUGGCGCUCAGCACCGACAAUGGCCUCUGGGUGUCCAGGGACUUCGGGGAGAAGUGGGAGGAGAUCCACAAAGCUGUCUGCCUGGCCAAGUGGGGUGCUAACAACACCAUCUUCUUCACCACCUACCUGAACAGCUCCUGCAAAGCUGAUCUCGGGUUACUGGAGCUAAAGAAAACCUCUGACUUCGGCAAAGCCUUCAAGGUCAUCGGCACCAAGAUCUACUCCUUCGGCCUCGGGGGGCGCUUCCUUUUCGCCUCCGUCAUGACAGAGAAGGGUAACACAAGGCGCAUUCACGUCUCGCUGGACCAAGGUGAGACCUGGAAUAUGGCCCAGCUCCCCUCUGUGGGCCAUGAGCAGUUUUACUCCAUCUUGGCUGCCAACGAGGACCUGGUGUUCAUGCACGUGGACGAGCCGGGAGAUACGGGUUUUGGCACCAUCUACACCUCUGAUGACCGAGGCAUUGUGUACUCCAAGUCCUUGGAGCGGCACCUCUACACCACCACUGGUGGGGAAACAGACUUCACCAACGUCACCUCGCUGCGUGGCAUCUACAUCACCAGCGUCCUCUCAGAAGACAAUUCCAUCCAGUCAGUGAUCACCUUCGACCGUGGUGGCGAGUGGGUGCCGCUGAGAAAGCCGAAAAACACCACGUGCGACUCCACGGCGAAGAACAAGGAAGAGUGCAGCCUCCACAUCCACGCGUCCUACAGCAUCUCCCAGAAGCUGAACGUGCCCAUGGUGCCGCUGUCCGAGCCCAACGCCGUUGGCAUCAUCAUCGCCCACGGCAGCGUCGGGGGAGCCAUCUCGGUGAUGAGCCCAGAUGUCUACAUCUCGGAUGAUGGGGGCUACACGUGGGCGCGGAUGCUGGAGGGGCCACAUCACUAUGCCAUCCUGGACUCUGGUGGCCUCAUCGUAGCCAUUGAACACACCAGCCAGCCCGUCAACGUGAUCGAGUUCUCCACAGACGAAGGCCAGUGCUGGUAUAAGUACACUUUCUCCAAGGAUCCCAUCUUCUUCACCGGACUGGCGUCUGAGCCCGGAGCCAAGUCCAUGAAUGUCAGCAUCUGGGGUUUUCGGGGCAACUUCCUGUCCCGCAAGUGGGUCUCGUACACCAUCGACUUCAGCGAGCUGCUCAGCAGGACCUGCGAGGACAAGGACUACACCAUCUGGCUGGCUCACUCCAGCGAUCCCAGCGACCCCAGUGACGGCUGCAUCCUGGGCUACAAGGAGCAGUACCGGCGCCUCCGCAAGUCCUCGGUGUGCCAGAAUGGCCGGGACUACAUGGUGACUAAGCAGCCGUCCGUCUGCCCCUGCACCCUGGAGGACUUUCUCUGUGACUUUGGCUACUAUCGCCCGGAGAACCAGUCUGUCUGCGUGGAGCAGCCGGAGCUGAAGGGACACGACCUGGAGUUCUGCCUGUACGGCAGGCAGGAGCUGCUCAAGACCAGCGGGUACCGGAAGAUCCCAGGAGACAAAUGUUCAGGAGGGGAAAGUCCAAGUCGGGAAGAGACUGACAUGAAGAAGAAAUGCACCAGCAACUUCCUGAGCCCCAGCCAGCUGGCAGUGUCCUCCAGCUCCACUCCCAUUAUCCUGGCUGUUGUUGGCCUCCUGCUCGUCACCGCUGUGGCCGGGGUGCUCCUCAUCAAGAAAUAUGUGUGCGGGGGCAGGUGAGUCUCAGUUCGCUCC